AUGGAGCCACCGUUCAAAAGGCGGCGCUUUUCAGGAAACAGCUACCCAGAAAUCGACCUUCAUGCGCGGAGAGCUCAGAAUGACUUCCGAUUGAAAUCGAUCUUCGAAUCGAUAUUUGACAAAUAUGGGAAAGAUUUUGAUGGCAUAGGCGAUGAGAUAGAUAUGGAGACAGGGGAAAUUGUGGUCGACAAUGGUCAUAUUCUCGGUAUGACCAAUGAGAGAGAUGCAGGGGACGCCGAAUACUCAUCCGAAGAGGUGGCCGAUGACGAAGACGACCACUCUUUGAUCGAGUACCGCGAGGAACAUUUUGCAGCUCUGAAAUCAUCCAAGGCAGGAGACACAGCUGCCAUGGAGGAAUCAGAAGCUUCAGGGCAGUCGGAUUUUGACGCCGACAGUCUUAUGGGCGAUGUCCCAGCUGAGUCCCACCUACACCAAUUAGGCAAGAAGUCUAGGAGAGCAGUCUCAAUCCCUUCAGAUGACGAUGAGGAUGAGUUGGCAAGCAGCGAUAUUGAGUGGGCAUCACACAGAAAGGAUAGAUUAAGUGCUCAGGAGACCUCGUGUCUCCUCAAGGACAAGCCCGCUUUCGCAGACGAGCCAAAUAUCGAGCCAGCAUGGAGAGCACCGCCCUUGCCGAACAUUGCCAUACUCAAGAGGGAGAGAGAUAAAGUUGGACUGACCAGCGUUGAUAAUAUGCGAGAGUAUUCCGACGAUGAGCGAGCAGGUAUUUCGCUAUGGACACCCGAGGCUAAGAAACCUCCACGGCGGAGACACGAUAGUGCCAACUCAGUAAGUCAGCGAUCACUAUCGUUUGCACGCGGUCAAGAGAACAGUGCCGACGAACCGGUUUUCGAUUUGAGUAACUCGGAGCCCGCUGCCCGGAGGAUAGUCAAAUGGACGCAGGAGGAAGAAGAGCUUUUGAUUCAUCUAAAGACUACAACGAAUCUAUCGGGUGCGGCCAUGGAAUCCUACUUUCCAGAGCGGCAGCGUAGCUCUAUUGCAUCUCACUGGACCUACAUGAUCACCCAUGGUAAGGCGAGCUCAAAGCGUCAGUUGCCUAAGAUAUUGGGGCGCAGAAUACCGCUUCCCAGCUUGUCUCCUAACAUAAAUUCUCUGGGUCCUGAUAAAAUCCGCCCAGAGCCGUAUGAUCACGAUACUUUUUCGAGAGCCAAAAAACCGCAGAACGUCCAGCAGCAAUCAAAUAAAGGCUUUUUAGAAGAGGGGAAUUUUGUUCGGAGCUUGAGCAAGCCUAUGGAACAACUUGGAGAUCACCGCAUGACUUCUCAGUAUCAAAUUGGGCGUAACCAUGGGAAACCCAUUGGCUACACUGUGGACGAAUCGAUUUUGAUUUCUGAUGAUGGUGGAGCUCACAUUCGAUACACGAUGGGUGAGCCGUUCUCGAGCGUGAGGGAUCGCGAGAUAAAAGAGAAUUUCACAGUGGGCGAAUCACUGGACGACGCCAGUGAGCCUUCUGCCAGGACCAGUGACCACCACCAUCCAGUUGGAAAGGUGCACAAUCGCUCUGACCAAAGCUCAAUAUACAGAGACCAGGAGGGAACGCGAAGAACCAAAAGCAUUAACUCGCCAGAGGCAUCCGCUCGUCGAACAUCUCACAUUGCUCGUCACGUGGAUGGUGGUUGCAAGAUAGCUGAGUUUGCAUCUCAGUCGAACCCAAACGAGACUUAUGCCGGUACAGAUCAGUCAUAUAGCCUUUCAAAGCCAUUCGAAAUCGAAGACGAUGUAGUCAUGCUUCCGGACCAAGGACUCGAAGUCGUCUCCGAGAACGGCUGCGAAGCUCGGGUAUCUUCUCCGACCAUGUCUAUCAAGGCUAAGCCCAAUGUUGAGGGCGCAGACAAGUACAGUGAAGGCUUUUUUCCCCCCCAAAAAUACAGCCUCGGAGUACUAUGGCAAUGGAAACUUCAAGUUUUCUCCAACGACUUAGAACAAGCCAAUCCGCAUCACAGCAAGAAGAGUCGAUUUCUGAGGCAGAAAACAAUAUCCAGAAAAAAAGCACAGCCACCUAACCAUGGCAAACCAAGUGAAUACCAUGAGCCCAACGUCGAAGCAACCAGCAAAACUACUGCCAAAAGACAGAUUGUCCAAGUUGUGAUUCCAUUGUCUGCAACAAGCAACGUGAACAGAAAGAGUGGAGAUACCAAAGAAAGUCCGUUGAGCCAUCCCCAAAUUAAAUCGCCUUUGGCCACCACGGAGACUACGGACCGUGCUUUCAUCAGACGGCUUUCUGCUACAGUGGAGAACGCACCCGCAGAGUUAUGCCCGGGUUUGCCUGAUCAUGAGAUUCUUGCGAUCCGCACUCCCACUAAGUCGCCUUCGGUUGCUGCAGCAGAGAGCCAGUAUGCGGCUUCAGCAGCGUUCGUCCUCAACGAUGUCAGGUCUUCUCUGGGCCCUGAAAUCGCUGACUCGCAGCCUCUGAGCGUAACACCUGCUGUAGCUACUCCAGUGCAAGAACUCGGGAGAGAAGCGACCAAGCCUAUCAUCUUGGACACCGAGUCACAAUCUUUGCGCAUGACUCCAGGCGCCGCUACUUCAACAAGGAAGCAGCCCAAGAAUGUCAUCCAGAGUAUCAACUUAGAUCCUGAUUCGCAGCCUUUGCGCGUGACUCCAGGGGUAGCGACCCCAGUGCGGAAGCAGAUCGAGGAGGCCACAGAAUCUGACAUCGUCGAGUCUGGUUCUCAUGCACUGAGUAAGAGGCUUGCGGCAGCUCGAUCGCCGUUAAGGAAGGUUAAGAAAGAGAUCGUCUCCGAUUCUUUCUCCUCAAUAUGGACAGCGGUUGACGACUUCAGUGAGGACGAGCUGUCCUAUCUCUAA